AUCCUCCAAUCCCAUUGGCUCUCCGCCGGCCCUGCUUUACAUAUGCCCGCCCCGCUGGCUGCCCAGGGCUUGCGGGGUUCGGCAGGGUUUGCAGCCGCCGCGGUCGCUGCUGCUCUUCAUUGCCGGGCGGGCGAACACCGAGUGAACCCCGGCCCGGGAGCCGGGAACUGGGGAGCCGAGAGCCAAGAACUAGCUGCCGGCGGAGCUGCUGCCGCGGCGGCAUCUGAAUAAAUUUCCGUCCUACGAACACCGAGGCCGGCGUUCAGCGGCUUCUGCGCCCAGCCCGGCCCAGUAGGGAGCGGAUCAGACACUUUUAUUUUAUUUUGGAAGAAAGGGGCGAGUCCGGCGUGAGCUUCUCCCCCGGCCUGACUCGCUCCUUAGCGCGCCCCAGAUCCGGCCUGGGCUCUGGAAGAUGACUCCCUGGUGUGCCCUGUGGAUUCCAGCGGCGACGGCUCGGGGAGGCAUCCGAAAGUAGUCACACUUGGUAGCAGCGGCUGGUGGAAAAGUGAGCCGAAGCGGCGCCGACUCGGCUCUUCCCGCGCCCCGGCGCCCGCUGCUCCUCGCUGCUCCUUCCCCUCGGCUCCCCGGCGGCAUGAAGUGGCGCAGCGAUGGCCAGAAGAGGUAAGAAGCCGGUGGUGCGGACGCUCGAGGAUCUAACGCUGGACUCGGGUUAUGGUGGCGCGGCGGACUCAGUCCGCUCCUCCAACUUGUCCCUGUGCUGUUCCGACUCGCACCCGGCGUCCCCGUAUGGCGGGAGCUGCUGGCCGCCUCUAACUGACUCCAUGCACAGCCGGCACAACAGCUUUGACACUGUCAACACUGCCCUGGUGGAAGACUCCGAGGGGCUGGACUGUGCCGGCCAGCACUGCUCGCGGCUGCUGCCGGACCUCGACGAGGUCCCCUGGACCCUCCAGGAGCUGGAGGCGUUGCUCCUCCGCUCACGGGAUCCCCGGGCAGGCCCGGUGGCCCCCGGCGGCCUGCCUAAAGACGCACUGGCCAAGCUGUCGACGCUGGUGAGCCGGGCGCUGGUACGCAUCGCCAAGGAGGCACAGCGCCUGAGCCUGCGCUUCGCUAAGUGCACCAAGUAUGAGAUCCAGAGCGCCAUGGAGAUCGUGCUGUCCUGGGGCCUGGCGGCGCACUGCACGGCGGCCGCGCUGGCCGCGCUGUCCCUCUAUAACAUGAGCAGUGCCGGUGGCGACCGCCUGGGCCGCGGCAAAUCGGCGCGCUGCGGCCUCACCUUCUCUGUGGGCCGCGUGUACCGCUGGAUGGUGGACAGCCGCGUGGCGCUGCGCAUCCACGAGCACGCAGCCAUCUACCUGACGGCCUGCAUGGAGAGCCUAUUCCGGGACAUCUACGCGCGGGUCGUGGCCUCCGGGCUGCCCAGGAGCUGCAGCGGCCCGGGCCCGGGCUCCAGCUCCGGCCCAGGCCAAGGCUCGGGCCCCGGAGCAGCCCCCGCAGCGGAUAAGGAGCGGGAGGUCCCGGGAGGGGGAGCGGCGAGCGGCGGCGCCUGCAGCGCAGCCAGCAGCGCCAGCGGGGGCAGCAGCUGUUGCGCCCCGCCGACCGUCGCUGCUGCCGCCGCCGCCGCCGCCGCCGCAGCCCCACCGGCAGCCGCCUCCAACCACCACCACCACCACCACCACGCCCUCCACGAGGCGCCCAAGUUCACCGUGGAGACGCUGGAGUACACGGUCAACAACGAUUCCGAGAUCUGGGGGCUGCUGCAGCCCUACCAGCACCUCAUCUGCGGGAAGAACGCCAGCGGAGUGCUCUGCCUGCCAGACAGCCUGAACCUUCACCGGGACCCGCAGCGGACCAGCAAGCCGGGAGAGCUGCCCAUGUUUAGCCAGUCCGAGCUGAGGACCAUCGAGCAAUCCUUGCUGGCCACCCGCGUCGGCAGCAUCGCAGAACUGAGUGACCUGGUGUCCCGAGCAAUGCAUCACCUGCAGCCCCUCAAUGCCAAGCACCAUGGCAAUGGCACCCCCCUGCACCACAAGCAGGGGGCGCUCUACUGGGAGCCCGAGGCCCUGUAUACCCUUUGCUAUUUCAUGCACUGCCCGCAGAUGGAAUGGGAAAAUCCCAACGUGGAGCCCUCCAAAGUCAACCUCCAGGUGGAAAGGCCCUUCCUCGUGCUGCCGCCGCUGAUGGAGUGGAUCCGGGUGGCCGUGGCGCACGCCGGCCACCGCCGCAGCUUCUCCAUGGACAGCGACGACGUCCGCCAGGCCGCCCGGCUGCUGCUGCCCGGCGUGGACUGCGAGCCGCGCCAGCUCAGGGCCGACGACUGCUUUUGCGCUUCUCGGAAGCUGGACGCAGUGGCCAUCGAAGCCAAGUUUAAGCAGGACCUGGGUUUCCGGAUGCUGAACUGUGGGCGGACGGACCUGGUGAAGCAGGCAGUGUCUCUUCUGGGGCCCGAUGGGAUCAACACCAUGAGCGAACAGGGCAUGACCCCCCUGAUGUACGCCUGUGUCCGUGGGGACGAGGCGAUGGUUCAGAUGCUGCUGGAUGCCGGAGCUGACCUGAAUGUGGAGGUUGUCAGUACUCCUCAUAAAUAUCCAUCCGUCCACCCCGAGACCCGCCAUUGGACGGCUCUGACUUUUGCUGUGUUGCAUGGACAUAUUCCUGUAGUUCAGCUCCUCCUGGACGCCGGGGCCAAGGUGGAGGGCUCAGUGGAGCACGGUGAGGAGAACUACUCAGAAACACCCCUCCAGCUCGCAGCCGCCGUAGGAAAUUUUGAACUGGUUAGUUUGCUGUUGGAGCGAGGCGCGGACCCCCUGAUAGGAACCAUGUACAGGAAUGGAAUUUCUACCACCCCCCAGGGUGAUAUGAACUCUUUCAGCCAGGCCGCAGCCCAUGGACACAGGAAUGUGUUCCGCAAACUGCUCGCUCAGCCAGAGAAGGAGAAGAGUGAUAUCCUGUCCCUGGAGGAGAUUCUGGCUGAGGGGACUGACCUGGCGGAGACAGCCCCGCCCCCCCUGUGCGCCAGCCGCAACAGCAAGGCCAAACUCAGAGCCCUGAGGGAGGCCAUGUAUCACAGCGCUGAGCAUGGCUACGUGGAUGUCACAAUUGAUAUCAGGAGCAUAGGUGUCCCGUGGACCCUGCAUACGUGGCUGGAGUCUUUGCGGAUCGCCUUCCAGCAGCACCGCAGGCCCCUCAUUCAGUGCCUGCUGAAGGAGUUCAAGACCAUUCAGGAGGAGGAGUACACGGAGGAGCUGGUCACCCAGGGCCUGCCCCUGAUGUUUGAGAUCUUGAAGGCCAGCAAGAACGAAGUGAUCAGCCAGCAGCUGUGUGUCAUCUUCACUCACUGCUACGGGCCCUACCCCAUCCCCAAGCUCACAGAGAUCAAACGGAAGCAGACCUCACGCCUGGAUCCUCAUUUCCUUAACAAUAAAGAAAUGUCAGAUGUCACCUUUCUGGUAGAAGGAAGACCAUUUUAUGCUCACAAAGUGCUGUUAUUUACAGCAUCUCCAAGGUUCAAAGCACUCCUCUCCAGCAAACCAACGAACGACGGCACCUGCAUCGAGAUCGGGUACGUGAAGUACCCCAUCUUUCAGCUGGUUAUGCAGUAUCUCUACUACGGUGGCCCAGAGUCGCUUCUCAUUAAAAACAACGAGAUAAUGGAGCUCCUGUCUGCCGCUAAAUUUUUCCAGCUGGAGGCUUUGCAGCGACACUGUGAGAUUAUCUGUGCAAAAAGCAUCAAUACCGACAACUGUGUGGAUAUUUACAACCAUGCCAAGUUUCUUGGAGUCACAGAGCUCUCAGCAUAUUGCGAAGGCUACUUUCUCAAAAACAUGAUGGUCCUUAUCGAAAAUGAAGCCUUCAAGCAGCUCCUAUAUGACAAAAAUGGUGAGGGCACGGGCCAGGAUGUGCUGCAGGACUUACAGAGGACGUUGGCCAUCAGGAUUCAGUCAAUCCACUUGUCAUCUUCCAAAGGCUCUGUUGUAUGAGACGUCCGGUCCAGGAGUGUUCCCGGGGACUUGCCAGUUCGGCUGCUAUGUUGGCUUCCCGUGGACCUACACGUCUCACCUGGCGUCUGUGUUUGGCUGAGCCAAGGAGCUGCCUCAACUGCCUCAGCUGCUCUUGACAAAGCAAAUGCAGCUCCCGUGAGCUCCUGUUGAGAAAGGAAGGACAUGCCACUGGCUUACAGAUCAGAGUGCACCUGGAUCCAGAGGUAGAAGGCCGUGGGGCAGCCACGCUGACCUCAUCUGAAAGCCCCCCGGGGCAGUUGAACACCCCUUGCCAAGGACCUCUGUCCAGUGGGCGGACUGAGAACUAAAGGUCAUUCAGGUUCCAGAUUGACAGUUGGAGAACUUCACCGUAGGACCCUGAAUAGCAUUAUAUUUAUUACACAUUAAGGACCUUAGUAGCUGCAGUUCCAUAAGAGUCAACAGGAUAGCAAAUUGGUGAGACUGUUACCAAUAACGAAGACAAAUUUUUAGGGGUGGGAACUUUUUAAAAUGUUCAUAUAAAAACCCCCAAAACAGGGCAGCCUUGUAGUUUAAAAUAUAUUUCUAAAAGCUUAACAGUUCAUUUUCAACUGAAUUGUGUUUAGGGAUCUGUGUUUUGAGAUUUCUUUUCUUUUUUGAAGAAAAAAACAGUAAGUAGCAGGUCUGUACUGUAUAAACAUGCAUCUGACAAGAUAUUGCUGAUAUUCUACACAAGGUGAAAUAAUAACCUUGCCUUAGUGAUCAUGGUUACACAAAAGAGGUGCACUGCCAAUAAUUAUCUUUAACUCAGUAGUUGAAAAAAAAACCUGCAUGCUGAUUGUGGUUUCGGGGUGAGAAUAAAAUCCCCCCACAUUAAAAAAAUCACACAUGCAUUUGCAUGGGCCCGAACCUGUAAACUGUUACGUUUGUGCUUCAUUUUUGCCAAGGUAAAAAUGUCCCAUCACUUCUUGCUAAAAGUCCAUUUGGUGAAACUAACAUAUCCAUUUCCUUCCAUAGUUACGAAUGUCCCUGAGAUGCUGUUGCAGAAGUGUGUUCAUAGAUGAUGCUGCAUAGGGGAUGGGGGCGGGGCACGUUGGAGAAUUUACUAUUAAUCCCAGAGUUCUCUCUGUAUUCUCAGAAGAUGUUAAUAGUUUGUUACUAGCCAGAGAAUAUGACUAUGUUAGAUUAUUUUUAAAGAUGAAAUAUGUAUGAUAGGAUGGAUUCUCUCUGUAUUCCAAGAGUGUACAGUAUAGGGUUAUCUAUAAUGAAAGUUUAUAUUGACAGGGUUCCGUUUGCUCUGCCAUAUAUUAUAAGCAGAAGAGAUUAGUGAAGUGCCACAAUAUUCCAAACAAUCUCUGAGUUGCUGCCUUUUCUUUCUUGUCCUUUCAUUUGAAACCUAGAUAACAUGCAGUUAAAAACUAGGAGAAUGACUCUUACCCUUUGGGAUGGCAAAGUUUUGUUGAUAAACAUAUUUCCUAGCAUGCCUUUGGGAACUUGUGCACAGACCCUAGAGUCUAAAGGAGCUGCUGUUCAAACGUUGUACUAGCCCCCUGAGCCGUUGUUCGGAGGACCAAGGUCAAGUCCUGUUUCUUGGGUGUGACCCAUGGCACACGCGGGCCACAUCCCUCUACAGUAUUGGCUCUUCUCUGACGCUGAUACAAGGCUUCUCUUCCACCUGGUCAUUUGCAAACCUCCCCAGCCCCUACCAUCCAAUGAGGAAGGGGGGAAAAAACAAACUGUCUACAGAGGAAUCCAAGUUACAGAUACACAGCAUGUCCUGAGUCUUUGCUGUCUCUCACCUCCUCCUGUCCUCAGAGUUGCUGCGUGGAUGUUUCCUACCGCGACUGACUUCCCUGUGAAUGUCUGAUGCUAGCUCAGGGCCUUUGGGCAUGGAUUAUGUACAGUGGCAACUCCUGAUGGGCUUCUGUUAUAGUUUGGUGUGCUUUCUCUGUCAUUAAAAGAAAUGAUUUUCCCAA